AUGCAGGCCUGGGUUCGGUCCCCGGCCCAGCCCCUCCCUCAUCACCGGUAUAAAACCAGGCCUCCAGCAGAAAUCAGCUCCCGGCACCAGCCUCCUGUUUCUGACUGCUCAUCCGUGUCAGCCGCUGCCAUGACCUUCGUCGCUCCUCCUGGCUAUCAGCCCAUCUAUGGACCUACUUCCCAGAGGAUUCCUUACCUGGGGCCCAUCUACGGAGGCCUGAGGGAGGGGACGUCCAUCUACCUGCAGGGCUCCAUCCCCGAGGACAUAACCAGAUUCUUCAUCAACCUGCUCUGCGGCGAGUCCGAGUCCAGCGACAUCGCCCUGCACUUCAACCCCCGCUUCGACGGCUGGGACAAAGUGGUGUUCAACACUUGUCAGAAUGGAAGCUGGGAUUCGGAGGAGAAGGUCCGCGACAUGCCCUUCUGCAAGGGAGAGAACUUUGAGAUGGUCAUCAUGAUCACGUCACAAGGCUACCAGAUCAAAGUCAACGGAAACGACUUCCACACCUUCGAACACCGGAUUCCUCUGCAGAGAGUUUGCGCGAUGCAGAUCGAUGGAGACGUUUCCAUCCAGACCAUCAACGUCAUCGGGGGUGGAGGAGGCAUGGGAGGAGGCAUGGGAGGAGGCAUGGGAGGAGGAAUGGGAGGAGGCAUGGGAGGAGGAAUGGGAGGAGGCAUGGGAGGAGGAAUGGGAGGAGGCAUGGAAGGAGGAUAUCCAGGAGGUGGCAUGGGGGGAGGAUACCCAGGAGGCAAUGGAGGAGGCAUGGGAGGAGGCAUGGGAGGAGGCAAUGGAGGAGGAUAUCCAGGAGGCGACAUGGGGGGUGGCUAUCCAGGAGGCAUGGGAGGUGGAAUGGGGGGAGGAUACCCAGGAUCCAACCUUCCGGGUAUGGGUGGGCAGCCGGUCUACAACCCUCCUGUUCCCUACUCCGGCAUGAUCCAAGGAGGGAUGUUCCCUAAGAGGACCGUCGUCAUCAGAGGCAUGGUGCCCUAUGGUGCAGAGAGAAUGUCCAUCAACUUUGUGGUGAGCAGAUCGCGGGACAUCGUUUUCCACAUGAACCCCAGAGUGAGGGAGGGGGUUGUCGUGAGGAACAGCAUGAUGGGAGGAAGCUGGGGUCAGGAGGACCGGGAGCUCGCCAUGAACCCCUUCAUGGAGGGACAGUACUUUGAUAUGUCGAUUCGCUGUGGGAACCAGAGGUUCAAGGUGUUUGUGAACGGGCAGCACCUGUUCGACUUCUUCCACCGCUUCCAGUCCUUCAACGAGAUCGACAUGCUGGAGAUCGAGGGCGACGUGCAGAUCUCGUACAUCCACUUCUGAGACGCUCGGAUGUCUGAACCCUGUGUGUUUCGUGUUGUUCAAUAGUCCUGCUGUAUGAACACAAGUCUGCACAAGACAAACGGUUACCUCAUCAUGUGUUACACGUGGAAUUAAUAAACACGCCUCCCACAUGUUUGAUAUGAAGACUCCACACAGAAGCUCAUUCAUGAACGAACACGUUUAUUUCAUAUGCAAAAUACUGUAUAGCAAUGUAUAAAAAAAAUCUGUUUACAAAUCAUGACAGUGACGAUAUAAAGGCAGUUAUAGAAAAGUCUUCUCCCAGUUCAACACACUGGGAGAAUCACAAUCCACACACACGUCUACUGUGGUGCAAAGUACUGGCUCUCGGAAGGCACUUGGUAACGUUCAAUUCUGAGAUUUAAC